ACUGUCAAGUGUCAAUCAGUUGUGUCAUGUCAAGUGUGAGCAGGCGGCUGCGAGGUUAUCUUUGAAAGCGUGUUGAGUUUGGUGGAACGUUAAAUUGUAGGAAAAGUGAUUGUCAACAAAACUGACAACAAAAUAUUAUCUCCUUGCCCGUUAACCCACGCCAAUGGAGAUUCCACCCCUAGAGUUCCUUCUGAUAGAGACCCAGUGCCUUUAUCAGAAGUGGGAUUCGAAGGGCACUAUUCAAAGGAGAUAAAUCUUUCAGCAUGCACACCUACGCUACGCAGCUCAUCAAGUUUUACAUGGAGGAUGCUGACUCAGACGUUGAGAGUUGGUGCAGGUUGACGGAAAUUAUUGUGAUUGACGUAAACUGGAAGGGUCUUUGAGUGAGUUGAGGGGGCCGGGCCAAGGGCGCCCGGGCCACCCUGUUGCCGUGGUUGAAGGGGCUGUUUACGCCCGGGCCACGCUGAUGUAAUGUUGGUUUCCUGGUCGCAUGGCUGCAUGCCUGGAUCAGCAGUAGUAGUGGUGCGGUUUGAGGUAAAUGGUUGAAGGAGCCUUGGCUUAAGCCUUGCGCGUCGGGCCAUGUUACCUAAACCCUGGUUUCCUGGUCGCAUGGCUGCAUGCCUGGAUCAGCAGUAGUAGUGGUGCGGUUUGAGGUAAAUGGUUGAAGGAGCCUUGGCUUAAGCCUUGCGCGUCGGGCCAUGUUACCUAAACACCGGUUUCCUGGUCGAAGGGGCCUCACGCCCGGGCCAGCUGUAAUGUUUUGGUUUCCUGGUCGGGCUUCGCGCCCGGGCCAGCUGUAAUGGUUUGGUUUCCUGAUCGAGGGUCAUCACGCCCUGAUCAGCUGUAUUUAUUGUGAUUCUACGAUCUGAUAUUCGCACGCUCUGAAGUCAGGAAUGGACGAGCUGUGAUAAUGAGAAAUUGAAUGUUUACAGAUGGACAAACCCUGGACUAAGCGCACGAGGCCGUGCGAUAGUCAGGCUGGCCGUGUCGGCGCCGGACACAGAUGCUGCAAAUUAUUAUUGAUGAUUAAUAGUACCAAUCUUAAUAUUAUGUUAUCUGUAAAUCUGUAGAGCGGAAGGUUUGUGAUUCCUAAACGUAACACCCGACUGAUGCGCAGAAAAAGGUAACUGUCAAUCAGUUGUGUCAUGUCAAGUGUGAGCAGGCGGCUGCGAGGUUAUCUUUGAAAGCGUGUUGAGUUUGGUGGAACGUUAAAUUGUAGGAAAAGUGAUUGUCAACCAUCCAAGAUAUUAUCUCCUUGCCCGUUAACCCACGCCAAUGGAGAUUCCACCCCUAGAGUUCCUUCUGAUAGAGACCCAGUGCCUUUAAAGAUAUCAAUUUUCUGACUUCACCAUACCAUUUAUAUGAACAUGUUAACAUGGGCUAGUGUCGGCUCAUAUACCCAUUUACCUAACACCCUGUAUAUUCUAUUAUUUUCAAUUAAUACAGUGUGAGUACGUGUUCACCUCAACUUUCGUUGAGCGGCCUAUAAAUAAAUAAGAGAACCACAGCAGCCAACUGGUAGCAAGCAGAAUAAUAUUAUAUUAUGAUAGCAUAAUCCUAGCGGAGUAAAAAAAAACAAACGAAAGCCUCUGACAGCUUAGUGACACUGACACAUAACCUGCUGCUUGUCAUUUCAUUUUGUUUGAGGUUAUGUUUUGAAACCUUUAGUGGGUGCAUGGUAUUUGUUUAAAAGACGUCUAAAAUAGAAAUUAGAACUGACAUGAAGAAAGGUAAGAAAAAUUUUGGUAGGAAAAAUAAAAAUGGAAACAAAAAUAUUACAAGGAAAAAGCAAAAGAGAGCAUUUCCUGAAAAAGAUAUCCAAAACAAAAAGGCUAUCUUUAAUCGGUAUAAAAACAAACAAAAAGUAGAAGAAGAACUUGCUAAGAAAAAAAUUAUGGAAAAGAAGUUCCUAGAAGAGCCGGUCAACUAUUCAGAAAGUGAAGAAGAAGAUACAUAUGGCCAAUUAAUAUCAUGUUUUACUAAGUCAGUGACCAAAAAAGUGGAGAGUGAAGAAGACAGUGAUAAUGAACAAGAAUUAUCUGACAAUGAUUCGGUAAAUAGUGAAGAAAACAUGGGCCAGCCUAAAGAAACCACAGUUGAAAACAUGGAUGAAGACGAAGAUGAAAAUGAGGUAAUACUUGAAGAUGAUAUAGAAACUGAACCAGAUGUGCCAGAUGAUCCAUUUACAAAACAUUUACAAUUUGAUCUCGGAGAUGAGCUACUUGUUGCUUUGUCUACCACUCCACCAACAGUGGACAAAACUGUGAAAACUUGGCCCGUACUUGGAAACCUAAAUAUUAUUAUCCCAAAACCUGUCAUCACAGUCUCACAGAAGAAAAUGCCUAAAAUUUCUAUUGCAGAAAAUAAAACUUUUGCAGCUUGUGGGACAGUUCCUCGAACAAUUUGCAAUGUGGAUUAUAAAACACUUCAUCUUAAAACACAAAUACACAGUAAUAUAGUUUCAUCAAACAAAAAAAAUCUUGUCAAAAAUGAUUUAGAUCUUCAUGAAGUGUUUACACCUUUACAAAAAGAAUUGCUUGCUGUAAUAAAUAAUUACCAAGAUCUUUAUUAUCCACAUAGAAAUUUUAUUAAUGCUGAUGAAAUUAGGUAUACUUACUGUCUUCAUGUGGUAAAUCAUAUGUUAAAAACUAGGACAAAAAUUUUACAUCAUAAUGCUAAAAUAUCAAAAAAGUCAGACCUCACAGAAGAAUAUCGUGAUCAAGGACUGGUGAGACCAAAGGUUUUGAUAAUGGUACCUUUCAAGGAUGCAGCCUAUAGGGUGGUUAAAACUAUAAUAGAUAUUUUAGUACCUAAGGAAGCUGGGCAAGUUGUAAAUAAAAAUAGAUUUGAAGAGGACUUUACUGGUGGUGAACUAAUUAUGCCCAAAAAGAAUCCUAAACCUGAGGAUUAUGAAUUACUUUUCAGUGGCAAUACAGAAGACACAUUUCGUCUUGGAAUGGCUUUGACAAAAAAAACUCUCAAGCUUUAUACAGAUUUUUAUUCUUCCGAUAUUAUAGUAGCCUCGCCAUUGGGUUUGCGAAUGCUUGUUGGAGCGGAGGGUGAAGAAGAAAGAGACUUCGAUUUUUUAGCUUCAAUUGAAGUGCUAAUAAUGGACCAAACUGAUGUUUUUCUGAUGCAAAAUUGGGAUCACUUGUUACAUGUCCUUGAUCACUUCCAUUUACAGCCCAAAAAAACCCAUGGAACUGACUUUUCUAGAGUACGAAUGUGGUCUGUGAAUGGUUGGUCGAAAUAUUAUAGGCAAACAUUAGUCUUCUCAUCAGUUUCACUUCCAGAAAUAAAGUCUAUAAUAAAUCGGAAAUGUCAAAAUUAUGCUGGUAAAGUGAUUGUUACUAAUCCUGUUGAAAAUGGGUCUAUUCAGCAAGUAAUUUUACAAAUACCUCAGAUAUUUCACAGAUUUAAAGCCGAUAAUCCCUUGGCGUCUGCCGACGCGAGGUUCGAGUACUUCGUCAAAGAGAUCCUGCCGAAGCAUAGGGAUACUCUAAUGAGUCAUACACUCAUCUAUGUGCCAAGCUAUUUUGAUUACGUCCGAAUCAGAAACUAUUUCAAGAAGGAAGAUAUCGGUUUUGUUCAAAUUUGUGAAUAUUCUAAGGAUUCAAAAAUAGCACGUGCAAGAGAUAUGUUUUUCCACACGGAAGCACACUUUUUGUUGUAUUCAGAGAGAGUUCAUUUCUUUAGAAGAUUCCGGAUGAAAGGAAUAAGACACAUAAUAUUUUAUCAACCCCCUACAUAUCCACAUUUUUAUUCAGAGAUGUGCAAUCUCAUGCAGGAGUCGAAUCAGAACAAGUACGGCGGCAGCGAGUGCAACAUGUCGGUGACGGCGCUGUACUGCCGCUACGACGGCGAGCGCGCGGCGGCGCUGCUGGGCGCGCCGCGCCUGGCCGCCGCGCUCGCCGCCGACCGCGCGCUGCACGUCUACAUGACCGGCGACUGACGCACGAAUAUACUUCUAAAUCCAAGUACAUACAGUUUUAUUUCAUUUAACAACUCUUCGUCUGAGCUUUUAUCGUCGACCUAUUGCAAGUCCCUGAGGGCUUAGUGUGAGUUGACAUCAAACGUCGUUACUAGCGAGCGCGCAAAAAAUAUAUUAAGAUUUUAGUUCUAGAAAGUCUUCGCUAGGGGCACUGUACAAUCCGUCAUACAUCUAAAGUCACUUUUUUACGCAGUCGAUAUCGAAUGCGUUUGACGUAAACUCACACUGCGCCCCCUGCUCGUUGAAGUGCUUUGUGUUAAAAAACACUAAAACUAGUAAUGAUUUACUACAUCAUAUAUUGCAUAAUGGCGUAUAAAUAAUGUCGAUAGAUAACUCCUAUUUAUGUUUAAGAUUGAAAAAUCAUUUUGCUGAUUUCUUAUUCAUUGACUUAGGUUGUUGGUGAGGUCUUGCAAUAAGCCGAUGAUAAUGUAUAAAUAGGUAUACUGCAUUCGAAUAUUGGUCCAGCCCCUCAGACAAGUGACAAAACGUGACAGUUGUAUUUUCGAAAUCGUAUCAUCCAUACUAAAAGCCAGGGCAAACAAAAGGGAUUUCGAAUUUACUACAGGGCUGACAUCAUUAUUGGCACUAACUCGCGAGUGCCGGGCUUUACAGUGGCGCCAUCCUGGUGAGUGCACAAAAUGCGACAGUCCUCCUAUCUCUUCAGCGCUCACUAGUUGGCGCCACUAAGCUGACAGGACCUUAGAGUGGCACCAUAUGGUGAUGAUUCAUAUGAUAGUCCUCAUUAUUAACGUACUGCGCUAAAUUUUUCAUUGAUUUGAACCUGUCUAAGGUUUUGUAAAUGUAAGUCCAUGUCUCAGAUGACAUGCUAAGCAAAAGCGGGACUAUUCUAGUGAUUUUUUUACCUACGUUGAUCAUGGCACGAAAUCAUAACAAAAACUUGUAGAAAAACAAUUUUAAUAUUAUCUCUGUCUGUAGUACAACAAUAAGAAUACCGCUAGUUUGUUAUUCCUUUUAUUUCUACACCCUCAUAAGUAUGUUGAUAAACGGCUAGGGCUGCAACUCCGCCUCGACUAAUAACUAUGCACUCUACACACUUUCAUAAUCAACAUUCAAUUUACAUAAUCGUAAUAGUAAAAGAAAUAGCUGAAAUAAGCUUAAUAAUUUUAUUAUUAAGAUUAUUUAUCUCUUAACACUGAACUUAACUAAGUCUAUAAAUAAAAAAACACAUUUGUUUAAUUCGUUACACGGUGAAUAACAUGAAAUAUUUUAUGGUUUGAGAACAGCAAAAAAGAUUAGUAACCUCUCUAAGGGAAACAGCAUUAUACAUACAUAUCUUCAUACUUAUUUGAAUAGAAGUUGAGUUAUUCUUCUGCGAUACAGAAAAAAUGCAUAACCUAUUUUCGUAACAAGCAGGUGGACUUAAGUACCAAACAAAUUAUCGUAAAGUACCAUUCAAAUGCAGAGAUUAUGCGCUCGACAUUAAAAGCACUCCACUCUACUGUGAUGACAAUGACAUAAUAAUUCGUGGACACACAUUUUUUAUUAGCAAGGACGAUACAGUAACAGCAGUUAGCUUUGUGCGCCAGCUGCAUUUAUAGUUUCUUCAUUAUACCACAGAUAAAAUUAUACCGAAGUAAUAUUACGCUCCAUUAAAUAAAUAAAUAUUGUAUAUUUUUUAUUACAUAGGUAGGUACUAUACUUAUUAAUUAAUAUGUUAUUUACUUAAAUAAUAUGUUGCGUUAAUUUCUAAGUUUCAUAUUUACUUACAGAAAGCUUACAUAUUAUCUAGAUCUAACUAGAAUCUGCCUACUCAUAGCGUAGGUGGUUAAAAAUAAGCUUUUAGGUCCUGAGCUGCGUAAAGUUACUUACGAUUUUACAACGAUUCGAUAUCGUUAUUACUUAUGCUUUAACUAAAACUAGGUACCUACCUAAGUUACUUCAAUCUAUUUUUUUUUAUCAAACCCAUUGAUCUUAUUAAUUUUAAUAAAUAAUAAGUACCUAUAAUAGUAAUUUUAAGUAUGACUAUGAUCUGAGCUGGGAGGUGUUUCAUGGAUAAGUUUACGUACAUUAAGGCCGUUAAGUUAACUAGUUUCUUUGUCGGUGUGUGAGAUGGUAUACCUAUACCACAGAUUGAAUACUAUACAUGUUGUAAGAAUGAAUAAGUUAAAUACAGAACUCAAAAUCCAUUGUGGGAGUAGGUAGGUUGGUGGCGAAAAUGAUCUUGUCCAAGGCAUAGCGCAUUACUGAGUAGUUAGGUACCAGCGGUAGUGGUGGAGUACUCUAGCGAGGCGAGGCGAUGCUAGAGAGGUGAUAUCUCGCGUCACGUUCGACGUAACAUAAACACACCCUAGCACCACCCUACCAUUCACUACCGCUGUUCAGCUGUUCAGGAAAAAAAUACCUGCAUUAGUUAGUGUGCUCAGGAUGGAUACCUACAGAUGAGUUUCUUAGACUUUGAUAGUUCCCGUAUUAACAUAAACCCCCUUAUUAAUAAAAUAGUGAUCUAAGCUUUAUUUAACGCCAAGGAAAGGCCUACGUACCUACUUCAUGGUAGGAACUGCUUACUCUAGUCACAAAGAUAUGUUUAGACCAAGAAUAAGUAGAUUACCUACCUAAUUCACUACACGCGAUGGAUUUAAGCCUAUGUUAUUAAUUUAGCGCAAUUAUGUAAUUAGAUAUAAAACUUUAUAUACUUUUUAAUCUAACAAGAUACGAUUGUAACUUGA